AUGAGCCAACAUCCAUACGACUCGGAGGACUGGCCUCUCCCGAAUACGCCCAGAGAGAGCAUACUAUCCUCGUCGACGCGUUCGUCCCGCUCGUCGCAGUUCAUCCCGCCGUUGAGUCCGGGGACGUCAUCUCAGGGUUCGGGGUCAAGGAAGACGUCGUACUCGCUGUACGACGAUGUAGUGCGGUUAACUUUGAAUCCGAGUGUGACUGUUACGUUUGUGCGACAUAACAAGUUGUUUCGACUAAGGUAUCUGUAUAUCGACAUUUGCAAAGAUGGAGGCGGGGCAUUGAAGUGUUUGGAGUUGAAUGGUGGCGUGGGCCAGCAGACUGCUUUUGUGCAUAGCUUUCAUGAUACGAAACUUCCUGUCCCGCACUUGGAGCAUCCCAAGUUACCUCAUGAGCCGUCGCUUCGGGUAUCGUUUUUGGACGAACAGACAGUGCAGACAGCGCAUACGGUAUUUACGACGCAAAUAUCCUACACUUUUGACGAUGAGCAAGAUGCUGUACAAUUCCAGGAGCUCAUAUUAGCAUCAAAACUCGUUUUCAUCGCCGGCAUCGCAGAAGCUAAAUCGAAAGGUCGCGGCGAAGAAUGCAUCAGCCAGAAUCUACGCAUUCUACAAGAUUAUAAUGGAAAGCAAGUGAUGCUCUUCUUCGCCAAUUCAUUAAGACGAGAGGCUAAACGCUACGUCUCAAUACCGGUCAGCUGCAUCGAGAGCAUCAACCCGGGUAAGAAAGCCGGGAAGCCGGUCGUUCUACAAUUACAGCCAAAUUUCGAUCUUCUAUCGCAAAUGAAGGUCUUACAGAUUCAAUUUCUUGAUGACAGCGAUCGAAUUCGUUUCUGCGAAUUUUUGUCCGCGCAAAAGAUCUAA